UCGGGUGCAAGGUGCAGGCAAUGAACUGCGUUAUACUGAACGCAAUCCGCAAUGCUCAGCUAAGAAAUGUAGCUUAUCGCUUUUGCUCAUCUAGUACAAAUGGCCCCGACCGGACAGCAGAUGAUAGUGUGCCAGAGCUACCUCCCGAACCGACAACUUGCUGCAUGUCCGGCUGCCAGAACUGCGUGUGGAUUCAGUACGCGGCGGACCUUACCAAAAUACUAGACGAUGGCGGCGAAAAGGCACGUGAAAUUGUGCUGGAAAAGAUAUCCGACCCGAGCUUGAAGAUGUUUUUGAAAAUGGAACUGCAAAAUAUGCCACCGUCGAAGAACGAUCCCGCGUGAAACGACCUGCAGGAUUGCAGCAACAAGGAUAGAUUAAGGGUUCGUAAAGCGUAAUUUCAGACAUUAACGUUUAGGUAGGAAUCUAUUUUAAUUCAAAACUUAAAAUAAACUUGUGAUAUCAAAGAGGAAA